AGAGUCAGACAACAGCUGCGGCUUUACCUUGUUCUGGAUUCUGGAUGCCUACCACAGAAGCAGACGUGAAGAUGAUGUUUAUUGACGUUACGUAAGCUGCAGAAGUGAUUGAGGUGGACAUUGAAGGCAGAGAAGGAAAGCUGACUGAAGUAUAGAAGGCCAGUCACCCUGCGGCGAAGACCGGAUUGUUGGGGUAAAGCUAUGAUCGAUUGUAUGGCAGUUGAUCACAGGCAGAGGCAACAAGAGCCUAGCAGGGACAUGGACAUUGGUGGUGGCGAACCUAGGAAAGUGUAUACUUGAUUUGGAAAGUGUAUGGUUGAGCGUUUGACAGGUAGAGAGGAGAAAGCUGCUGACAUAAACUCGGUGUUGGAUGGAAAACGCCCAGUUCAUGUUCGGAGGUACACGCCGCGAGAGAUCUGAGGGACAAGAAGAGAAGUUGCGGCGGGCUUGCUAGGUCACUCUGUUAUUAUGUUAUUAUUUCUUGAAAAGAGAGAGGGUUGCUUUCUGGAUUGGUGACGGGAAUAACGUGUGAAGUGACAAGACUUGCGAAGGCGACUGAAUGCACUACUCGUGCAUUGGGCACUCUCAACUUGAAGUUUGUCGUCUUUAUCUCUGUUUUGGUGUUUUUUUUUGUUUUUUUUCCCCCCAUGUUCGUGACACAAUCGCGAGGUGUGGUUGGAAGAGGGAGGGGCAAAAAGUGGAUGUCUCCUCUGAAAUAUUGAUUCCAUUCAGAUUCCUUCCUGCUUUUCUUGGUUGCAUCCUCCGGUUUUCAUCGGAUGAGGAGGGCGAGGACAACUAUCGACGGAGUGGACAGAGCAAACAAAGGUCCAAGUUAUUUAGCAAAGAAGGAUUGAACAUUGUCUCGGCUUUUCUGUUCGCCACGCCGGUUUUAUUGUGGGUUCCACUAGCAAUAUUUCUUCGAUUGGUGGUCAGUCGGCCGGUCGCUCACAGAACGGUGAAACAUCAAAAUGGACGUACUUCGAAAGCAAGCCGCGAAGAUGCGGGACCAGGUCACGAAACAGCAAGCGGCUGUUCUUGGAAAGUUUGGGCACAAGUCAGAGUCAAAUGUUGUCAUUAUCGACGAGCACGAGCUUCAACGCCAUCAGCAGUUGGAGAGACUGAGUGCAUCUACCAGUAUGGGAAAGGCAUUCCAGCGGGAUAUUGUCAAGGCAGUGGAUGGCUUGGUGGGAACUGGAAACAAAACCAGUGAAGUAGCCACGAAGCUUGCAGAUGACUGUCGCCGAUACAGCACGGAGAUCUCUAGUUCCUCUAAUUCGCUGAAGCGUGGAGCGCAAAUGUAUUCGCAAGCUCGAGGACAAGUGGAGAUGGAGAGGGAUAUGAUGCAUCGCUAUCUUGGACUUCAGGUUGUUGAGCCACUGAAGGCCAUGGUGAUGGGGGCACCUUUGGAGGAAGCUCGGGCACUGAUGAAGCAGUAUGAGAGAGUGCGUCAGGAGGCGCAGAUACAGGCGAAUCAGCUUUAUCGUCGCCAAUCGAGAGCAAGAGAAAGUGGCGGUGAUGGUGAAAUUUCAAGCAAGAUCCAGGAGGCAGAGAUGAAAAUGGAAGAGUAUGCUGCUACACUGUCCACCCUUGGAAAAGAAACCGCAUCUGCUCUAAUUGCAGUUGAAGCACAGCAGCAGAAACUCACAUUGCAAAGACUCAUUGCAAUGGUGGAAUUAGAGCGAGCCUUCUACCUCAAAGGUGCAGAGAUCCUGGAGCAAGUGCUAGCUCAGAUGAAUGCUGAGAGAUCACAGACAGAGACGACCCCACCGAUGGGAAUGCGAGAGGACGUAACAGGGAAUGCAUCACAACAGCAGGCCAAUGGCAAGGAGGACUCAGCACAGCGCCCCCCUCAGAAUUUCCAGUUUUUCCUGGCCGAGGUUAUGUUCCCAUUUGAAGCAGAGGCGACGGGUGAAAUGUCACUGACGAAGGGUGACUUUGUAGUUGUCCGCCAGGUGACGGCAGCAGGAUGGGCAGAAGGGGAGUGCAAGGGUAAGGCCGGAUGGUUCCCCGCUACGUUUGUGGAACACAGGCAGCGCGUCCCAGCGAGUAAGAUCAUGGAGGUUGGGGUUACCGCGUAGAGCGGAUGGAUGCGUUGAGGGAACGGGGUGGGGGUGGCGAGAGUGGGCGAUCGAAGGGGUUGCAUUGCCCACAACCUGUACUGCUGACAUCUGCUGUCCUCUCCGCAUUCCUCCGCUGUUCGGAUACAUGAUAACGUAGGGCCUCGCCGCCUCGCUCCACUACACACUGGGACUAAAUGUUAUCUGUACCUGCACGAGGUCAAAUACGUUCAAAAUGUUCGAUCAGUCCACUUGUAUGUGGUCUACGGCGCUGUCCACAUACCUUUCGGAUGUUGAGUAGUGAAGCUAGGCCCCCCGUACACUGAUUAGCGUAUUCCUUUGUCGAUUUCAGUGCAUGCCAACCAGCAGACCAGUCCUCUGUGAGGGUAGAGGGUGGAUGCGGACCAGCAGCCAGUCAGCGGCACCGCAGGGCCUGCUUUGGAAGUGCCGGUACGCAGCUCACUCCAUUAUGAAGGUACUCGUUUAGGACUACCUUCUUCUUCCCCCGAAUACAACGUACGGUCAUUAUAGCUGUAUCUAGACUGAAAAAGGCCUCACAUACAUCUAUAAACACCGUACGUUGUAUUCGGGGGGGAAGAAGGUAGUUAGACAUGAGGAUUAAAAAACGAGUUGCCGACUGCCGACUGCCAUGAUUGAGUGAGGUGAGCGGUAGAUAAAAAAAAGCAUGCGACCUCACGGGAACCGCCAUAGCGAACGUCAGAUGUGAUUAUGUUGGAGUUGCUGGCAGACCGGAUGGCGAAGCAAGUGGGUUCGAGCAAGGACGUAAGUCAUGUAAACAAUACAAUAUAGGGCGAAAUCAUCUCCCGACCGCACUGCAACGUACCACCGGAAUUGCAUUCCAGGGAAGUGAUUUCGUAUUUGAGAGGGUUCAAGACCACUCCACUGAUCGGACUAGCACAUCGCGGUGGUGGAUGUGGAUUGACGACUAUUCCUUGCAUGGGGACAAACGACUCGCUGUUAUCCUAUCGAAGAAACGGUGUGUUGCACGUGUGUUUUUCUAUUUCAGAGAAAUGAAGGGUUGCUCUUUUCCUACCCGUCAACCGAUCCCUCGUUGCUUUCAAGUGCGUUCGGAAGAUCGAUUGUCCCAUCGCAGCUCCAUGUAGAGGAUUGAUUAUCACAACUGGUUGGUACUUUGAAGUUCGAGAGGAAGAUUGAACCUCGCGUCUCUCAUUUCUAGACUUGGUUUGUUACGUAAUACGGUCAGCCAGCAAAGCAGGGGGCCUCCGUUUCCAUCCAAACUUCUUCAUCUACAAUCACGCGUCAAUACACGCAGCGUAUGUGUGUUUUUCUGUGCUCUUCUUGCCACCAUCCAAUGUGCGCGCAGAUGGCGUAAGCCGUAAGAGCUGCCUGCUUUUCCCAAGGAGUACUGCGUACUGCGUACUCCUUCCAGGAAACCGAGUUUCCGUUCACCGACUGCACACGGACGGAGAGAGUGCCGCUCGAUAUAUAGUUCGAGCGCAGUAAGUCGUGUGCAGCAAUCGAUCUGCGAGCACCUGACGGGUAUACGUCCAAAACAACCUUGAUAAGGUUGCUGCAUUUGCCGUGAACGUUUCGUUCUCUCGUCAGCAGAGUUUCAAUCUUCGGCCGGCACUCCGAAAGCCGGCAGCGGUCCUUAUUUCAGAUCAUCUGGCGUGUCCAGGUUCGUCCCGCUGUUCCCAGUUCGCAGAGAAUCAAGGAAAAAAACAAAUGUGUUGCUACUUUCAUUCAGACGCGCACUGAUACUGCUGCUGCUCUUGCGUGCUCUUCGUGUGUGUUGCUGUGUUGCAUCCUCCCUGAGAUAAAAGUCUUCAUCAUUCUCAUUCCUGGACUCCACAAAUACAUUUACUUAACAGCCCUUUGCCCCAAGGGGUGUUUGUCUUUUUUCUUUUUUUCUUUCCUUUCGAGGGCAACGGCCUUUUGAUAUCAUUGAACUGCCUGGCCCUCAGCUUCACUCUGCCAAAGGCCAAGUUAUGCCAGUAGGUUCUCCGUUGGCCCAGCGCGGCGGUGUCUGGUAUGGAAAUCAGAGGGCUGUGAGGCAACAUGCAUGUGACAGAAGCUGCGCAAGUUACCGAGCAGAGGCACGUUGAAGUCUUGGAAGAUUGAUUUUCAAUCCGAGGAAGCGGAUUGAUUUUCGAUUCGAGGAAGCGAUCACCAGGCCUUCUGGAAGGGUGUGGCGGACUCGUAAAGCGAACCACGACUGUGGAGAAGCCGAGCCUUCGCUGUUGCUCGGCUUUCAGCACUUUCAUUCAAGGUGCUUCACGGAACCGAACGAAAGUCCACGGGGCAUUGUUCUUUGGUUAGUGCUCAUGUGCUUGAUCUCAUUUAUUAGGUCAUAAGAGUUUUUUGUUAAUACAAAUUACGUGGCUGUAGUGGGUAAGAGAGUUGGCUCUUGAGGCCGAGGUCGCCGGUUCGAGUCCGAGCAUAUGCAUGCAUGCACGGAGGAGGGCCUGUUAUUGAAGUCUUGAUCCUCUUGAAGAUCGAGUUCCGACAAUCCGAGGAAGAGAUCACCAUAUGCCUUCGUAGGCACACCGUGUCCUGGCUUGUAGUCGUUAAGAGAGUUGGCUCUUGAGGCCGAGGUCGCCGGUUCGAGUCUGAGCAUGCAUGCAUGCACGGAGGACGGCCUGUUAUUGAAGUCAUGAUUCUCUUGAAGAUUGAGUUCCGACCAUCCGAGGAAGAGAUCACCAUGCCUUCGUAGGCACACCGUGUCCUGGCUUGUAGUGCUUAAGAGACUUGGAUCUUGAGGAUGAGGUCGUCGGUUCGAAUCUGUGCAUGCGCAGAGGGCUUGGGCCCAGAUGCAUGGAUCCAGAAAACAGCGCUGUGUGCUCUGCUAUGGAAGCCCGAUGAACGAGUGGCAACGUGCAUGCACAGGACAGCAGCCUCUGACACAGGAGAGGCGUGUUAAAAAUUGUCUUUUUUUUUCUCUUUUUUCUUUUUUUCUCUUUUUUUUCUCUUUUUCUUCUUUUUUGACAGGGGUUGGGACGUAGGGCAUGGAAGGGUGGUGGACUCGUAAAGCGAACCAUGAUUGUGGAGAAGCCUUUGCUGUUGCUCGGCUUCAGCCUUCAGUACUUUCUUUUUUUUUUUUCCUUUUUUUUUCCUUCUGAAAAAAGGUCCAGGGUGUAGUAGAGGGUGGAGGCCAAGCCUCAGGGAGUGCCUCGGUACUCAUCCAUUGGGAGAACAGUGUUCUGCACGAACGUUCAUUUCAUGGGCCAUUGUUCUUUGGUUUGUAGUUAACUUAGCACUCUUGUCCUUUAUCUCAUUUAGGUCAUAAGAGUUUUCUAAUACACACAUUAUGUGGUUACUCAAAGUGAAUAGUGAGUAGUAUAAAAUAAUAAUAGUGUGAAGAUUGUUUGUUUUAUUGUGAGAAGUGCACAUCAUUC